AUGCAGAGGAAUGUGCAGAGGAACAUGAAGAGGAACGUGCAGAGGAACCUGCAGAGGAACAUGCAGAGGAACAUGCAGAGGAACCUGCAGAGGAACGUGCAGAGGAAUGUGCAGAGGAUCGAACCUGCAGAGGAACGUGCAGAGGAACCUGCAGAGGAACGUGCAGAGGAACAUGCAGAGGAACGUGCAGAGGAAACUGCAGAGGAACGUGCAGAGGACAGUGCAGAGGAACAUGCAGGGGAUCGUGCAGAGGAACCUGCAGAGGAACGUGCAGAGGAACGUGCAGAGGAACGUGCAGAGGAACCUGCAGAGGAACCUGCAGAGGAACCUGCAAAAGAACGUGCAGAGGAAUGUGCAGAGGAACGUGCAGAGGAAAGUGCAGAGGAACGUACAGAGGAACGUACAGAGGAACCUGCAGAGGAACGUGCAGAGGAAUGUGCAGAGGAAUGUCCAGAGAAACGUGCAGAGGAAGCUGCAGAGGAACCUGCAGAGGAACGUGCAGAGAAACGUGCAGAGGAAUGUGCAGAGGAACCUGCAGAGGAACAUACAGAGGAACCUGCAGAGGAACGUGCAGAGGAACAUGCAGAGCAAUGUAGAGAGGAACGUGCAGAGGAACCUGCAGAGGAACGUGCAGAGGAACGUGCAGAGGAACAUGCAGAGGAACGUGCAGAGGAACAUGCAGAGGAACGUGCAGAGGACCGUGCAGAGAAACCUGCAGAGGAACGUGCAGAGGAAUGUGCAGAGGAACGUGCAGAGGAACGUGCAGAGGAACAUGCAGAGGAAUGUGCAGAGGAACAUGAAGAGGAACGUGCAGAGGAACCUGCAGAGGAACGUACAGAGGAACGUACAGAGGAACAUACAGAGGAACGUGCACAGGAACGUGCAGAGGAACGUGCAGAGGAACCUGCAGAGAAACGAGCAGAGGGACGUGCAGAGGAACGUGCAGAGGAAUGUGCAGAGGAACCUGCAGAGGAAUGUGCAGAGGAACUUGCAGAGGAAUGUGCAGAGGAACGUGCAGAGGAACGUGCAGAGGAACGUGCAGAGGAACGUGCAGAGGAACCUGCAGAGAAACGAGCAGAGGAACGUGCAGAGGAACAUGCAGAGGAACGUGCAGAGGAACCUGCAGAGGAAUGUGCAGAGGAACUUGCAGAGGAAUGUGCAGAGGAACGUGCAGAGGAACGUGCAGAGGAACGUGCAGAGGAAUGUGCAGAGGAACGUGCAGAGGAACGUUCAGAGGAAAGUGCAGAGGAACCUGCAGAGGAACGUGCAGAGGAACGCACAGUGGAACGUGUAGAGGAACGUGCAGAGGAACCUGCAGAGGAACCUGCAGAGGAACGUGCAGAGGAAUGUGCAGAGGAUCGUACAGAGGAACAUACAGAGGAUUGUGCAGAGGAACCUGCAGAGGAACCUGCAGAGGAACGUGCAGAGGAACAUGCAGAGGAACGUGCAGAGGAACCUGCAGAGGAACGUGCAGAGGAACAUGCAGAGGAACCUGCAGAGGAACGUGCAGAGGAACAUGCAGAGGAACAUACAGAGGAAUGUGCAGAGGAACAUGAAGAGGAACGUGCAGAGGAACCUGCAGAGGAACGUACAGAGGAACGUACAGAGGAACGUGCAGAGGAACGUACAGAGGAACCUGCAGAGAAACGAGCAGAGGAACAUGCAGAGGAACGUGCAGAGGAAUGUGCAGAGGAACCUGCAGAGGAAUGUGCAGAGGAACUUGCAGAGGAAUGUGCAGAGGAACGUGCAGAGGAACGUGCAGAGGAACGUGCAGGGGAACGUGCAGAGGAACCUGCAGAGAAACAAGCAGAGGAACGUGCAGAGGAACAUGCAGAGGAACGUGCAGAGGAACCUGCAGAGGAAUGUGCAGAGGAACUUGCAGAGGAAUGUGCAGAGGAACGUGCAGAGGAACGUGCAGAGGAACGUGCAGAGGAACGUGCAGAGGAACGUGCAGAGGAACGUGCAGAGGAACCUGCAGAGGAACAAGCAGAGGAACGUGCAGAGGAACAUGCAGAGGAACGUGUAGAGGAACCUGCAGAGGAAUGUGCAGAGGAACUUGCAGAGGAAUGUGCAGAGGAACGUGCAGAGGAACGUGCAGAGGAACGUGCAGAGGAACGUGCAGAGGAACGUGCAGAGGAACGUUCAGAGGAACGUGCAGAGGAACGUGCAGAGGAACGCACAGUGGAACGUGUAGAGGAACAGGAUCGUACAGAGGAACAUACAGAGGAAUGUGCAGAGGAACCUGCAGAGGAACCUGCAGAGGAACGUGCAGAGGAACUUGCAGAGGAAUGUGCAGAGGAACGUGCAGAGGAACGUGCAGAGGAACGUGCAGAGGAACGUGCAGAGGAACCUGCAGAGAAACGAGCAGAGGAACAUGCAGAGGAACGUGCAGAGGAAUGUGCAGAGGAACCUGCAGAGGAAUGUGCAGAGGAACUUGCAGAGGAAUGUGCAGAGGAACGUGCAGAGGAACGUGCAGAGGAACGUGCAGAGGAACGUGCAGAGGAACCUGCAGAGAAACAAGCAGAGGAACGUGCAGAGGAACAUGCAGAGGAACGUGCAGAGGAACCUGCAGAGGAAUGUGCAGAGGAACUUGCAGAGGAAUGUGCAGAGGAACGUGCAGAGGAACGUGCAGAGGAACGUGCAGAGGAACGUGCAGAGGAAUGUGCAGAGGAACGUGCAGAGGAACGUUCAGAGGAACGUGCAGAGGAACCUGCAGAGGAACGUGCAGAGGAACGCACAGUGGAACGUGUAGAGGAACGUGCAGAGGAACCUGCAGAGGAACCUGCAGAGGAACGUGCAGAGGAAUGUGCAGAGGAUCGUACAGAGGAACAUACAGAGGAAUGUGCAGAGGAACCUGCAGAGGAACCUGCAGAGGAACGUGCAGAGGAACAUGCAGAGGAACGUGCAGAGGAACUUGCAGAGGAACGUGCAGAGAUACGUGCAGAGGAACGUUCAGAGGAACGUGCAGAGGAACCUGCAGAGGAACGUGCAGAGGAACGCACAGUGGAACGUGUAGAGGAACGUGCAGAGGAACCUGCAGAGGAACCUGCAGAGGAACGUGCAGAGGAAUGUGCAGAGGAACCUGCAGAGGAACGUGCAGAGGAACAUACAGAGGCAUGUGCAGAGGAACCUGCAGAGGAACCUGCAGAGGAACUAGCAGAGGAACCUGCAGAGGAACGUGUAGAGGAACGUGCAGAGGAACCUGCAGAGGAACCUGCAGAGGAACGUGCAGAGGAACAUGCAGAGGAACGUGCAGAGGACCGUGCAGAGGAACCUGCAGAGGAACGUGCAGAGGAACAUCCAGAGGAACCUGCAGAGGAACCUGCAGAGGAACGUGCAGAGGAACGUGCAGAGGAACGUUCAGAGGAACGUGCAGAGGAACCUGCAGAGGAACGUGCAGAGGAACGCACAGUGGAACGUGUAGAGGAACGUGCAGAGGAACCUGCAGAGGAACCUGCAGAGGAACGUGCAGAGGAAUGUGCAGAGGAUCGUACAGAGGAACAUACAGAGGAAUGUGCAGAGGAACCUGCAGAGGAACCUGCAGAGGAACGUGCAGAGGAACAUGCAGAGGAACGUGCAGAGGAACGUGCAGAGGAACGUGCAGAGGAACGUGCAGAGGAACGUUCAGAGGAACGUGCAGAGGAACCUGCAGAGGAACGUGCAGAGGAACGCACAGUGGAACGUGUAGAGGAACGUGCAGAGGAACCUGCAGAGGAACCUGCAGAGGAACGUGCAGAGGAAUGUGCAGAGGAUCGUACAGAGGAACAUACAGAGGAAUGUGCAGAGGAACCUGCAGAGGAACCUGCAGAGGAACGUGCAGAGGAACAUGCAGAGGAACGUGCAGAGGAACCUGCAGAGGAACGUGCAGAGGAACAUGCAGAGGAACCUGCAGAGGAACGUGCAGAGGAACUUGCAGAGGAACAUGCAGAGGAACGUGCAGAGGACCGUGCAGAGAAACCUGCAGAGGAACGUGCAGAGGAAUGUGCAGAGGAACGUGCAGAGGAACGUGCAGAGGAACAUGCAGAGGAAUGUGCAGAGGAACAUGAAGAGGAACGUGCAGAGGAACCUGCAGAGGAACAUGCAGAGGAACAUGCAGAGGAACCUGCAGUGGAACGUGCAGAGGAAUGUGCAGAGGAUCGUACAGAGGAACAUACAGAGGAAUGUGCAGAGGAACCUGCAGAGGAACCUGCAGAGGAACGUGCAGAGGAACAUGCAGAGGAACGUGCAGAGGAACCUGCAGAGGAACGUGCAGAGGAACAUGCAGAGGAACCUGCAGAGGAACGUGCAGAGGAACAUGCAGAGGAACAUACAGAGGAAUGUGCAGAGGAACAUGAAGAGGAACGUGCAGAGGAACCUGCAGAGGAACGUACAGAGGAACGUACAGAGGAACGUGCAGAGGAACGUGCAGAGGAACCUGCAGAGAAACGAGCAGAGGAACAUGCAGAGGAACGUGCAGAGGAAUGUGCAGAGGAACCUGCAGAGGAAUGUGCAGAGGACCUUGCAGAGGAAUGUGCAGAGGAACGUGCAGAGGAACGUGCAGAGGAACGUGCAGAGGAACGUGCAGAGGAACUUGCAGAGAAACAAUUAGAGGAACGUGCAGAGGAACAUGCAGAGGAACGUGCAGAGGAACCUGCAGAGGAAUGUGCAGAGGAACUUGCAGAGGAAUGUGCAGAGGAACGUGCAGAGGAACGUGCAGAGGAACGUGCAGAGGAACGUGCAGAGGAAUGUGCAGAGGAACGUGCAGAGGAACGUUCAGAGGAACGUGCAGAGGAACCUGCAGAGGAACGUGCAGAGGAACGCACAGUGGAACGUGUAGAGGAACGUGCAGAGGAACCUGCAGAGGAACCUGCAGAGGAACGUGCAGAGGAAUGUGCAGAGGAUCGUACAGAGGAACAUACAGAGGAAUGUGCAGAGGAACCUCCAGAGGAACCUGCAGAGGAACGUGCAGAGGAACAUGCAGAGGAACGUGCAGAGGAACUUGCAGAGGAACGUGCAGAGAUACGUGCAGAGGAACGUUCAGAGGAACGUGCAGAGGAACCUGCAGAGGAACGUGCAGAGGAACGCACAGUGGAACUUAGGAACCUGCAGAGGAACCUGCAGAGGAACAUGCAGAGGAACCUGCAGAGGAACGUGUAG